GGGGAUAUAAUUUUCUUGUGAGAAAUAGAACAGCAGAUCGGAUCAAAACAAGAACAAGUCAACGGCUAAAAUUCAUAGCGUUGGAGCAUUUGGGUGCUGUUUCGAUCAACUAUUUUGAGUCAUCUUCCAAGAAAAGAUUUGAUUAAGUUGUAGAACCCGUAAAGCAUAACUCCAAUGGCGGCGUCUUCUUCAGCAUCAUCUGUUAAGGAGAGCUUUCAGUAUGAUGUGUUUUUGAGUUUUAGUGGAGAAGACACGCGUAAGAACUUUGUGGAUCACCUUUAUGAGGCUCUUCACCGACACGGUAUUCACACUUUCAAGGAUGACGAGCGACUCAAACAAGGAGAAAGCAUCAACAACCAGCUUUUGAAAUCUAUUGAAGAGUCAAAGUUGUUCAUCAUAGUUUUCUCAAAGAAAUAUGCAUCUUCGUCUUGGUGCUUAAAUGAACUUGUAAAGAUUAUGGAAUGCCAAAACUCGAACGACCAGAUUGCUUACCCUGUUUUUUACGAUGUGGAUCCGUCUGACGUUCGCAAACAACGUGGACCAGUCGGAGAAGCUCUUGCCAAACACACCAAUAAAGAGAUCGGGAAAUGGAGAGAAGCUCUGACUGAAGCAGCCAAUCUGUCCGGUUGGGAUUUACGGAACACUGCUGAUGGGCAUGAAGCCAAAGUCAUCAAGUUAAUAAUUGCUCGGAUCUCACUUGAGUUACGACCCAUUAAUGUGAACCUUGAUGAUAAAUUAGUAGGCAUGGAACCCCGGCUACAGGACCUUGAGAAGUCUUUAGAUAUCGCGUCGAACGAGGUUCACAUGAUAGGGAUCAAGGGGAUGGGAGGUGCUGGUAAGACUACACUAGCCAGAGCUGUGUUUGAUAGAAUAUCAGUUCACUUUGAAGCUAAAAGCUUUGUUGAGAAUGUCAGGGAAGUUUCAAAAGCAUCGUUGUCCGGUUUGUUGUCAUUGCAAAGAAAGAUCCUUUCAGAUUUGCUAAAUGGUCAAGGAAACGACGUAGGUAGUGUCCAUGACGGGAAAAACAUGUUGAAAACAAAGCUGCGUGGUAGAAAGGUUCUAGUGGUUUUAGAUGAUGUGGAUCAUCAAGAGCAGCUUGAGGCAUUAGCUGGUGAUCUUAAUUGGUUCAAGCCUGGAAGUAGAAUUAUCAUAACAACAAGAGACGAGCAAGUGUUGAUAGCACAUAGAGUGGAACGGAUUCGUGAUGUCAGUCUAUUAUCGCAUGAGGAAGCGAUUGGCCUCUUCAGUAGGCAUGCAUUUGGGAAAGAUCUUCCAAUUCAAGAGUAUGAAAAGGAAUCACAACAAGUUGUACAAUAUGCUGCUGGCCUUCCCUUGACAAUCAAAGUUUUGGGUUCAUUUAUGUGUGGUAAAGACAAGCCUGAAUGGGUGGAUGCAUUAGAAAGACUCAAAACAAUACCAUUGAAGGAGACUCUUGAAAAAUUGGAGUUAAGCUAUGCAAGUCUGGAGGAUGAUUACAAAGAAAUAUUCCUCGAUGUUGCAUGCAUAUUGAAGGGGUGGGAGAAAAACAAAGCAAUAAGUAUGCUUGAAAGUUGUGGAUUUCAGGCUAGAAUUGGUUUAAGAGUUCUUGAGCAGAGAUCUCUAAUAACUUUUCAUGAUGAUGUUAAUGAUCUUUACUUGAGCAUGCAUGACCAUAUUGAAGAAAUGGGCAAGAAUAUCGUACGUCGUUUGCACCCAGAUGAGCCCAACAAACAUAGCAGAUUAUGGAUUCAAGAAGAAAUUGAAAAUGUAUUGGAUACAGACUUGGUAAGAAUCAGAUUUACUUGUAACAUGGAGAUAACACAAUUUUUUUUACUUAUGACAUGAAUUAUUGUUGAAUUACAGGGUUCUGAAUCAACAAGGUGUAUACAUCUAAAGCUCUCCCCUAAUAUUGUUUUGGAAAGUCUUGGAAACAUGAAGAAUCUAAGACGCCUUAUUGUAGAUCAAAUAGAUUGUGAUGACUUAGGGGAGAUUGAUGAAGUAGAUCAUAUAGAUAACGACUGUGAUGACUUUGUGAAGAUGGAUGAAGUUGGUCAAUACUUUCCAAAUGCAUUACGAUACUUGAAUUGGGAAUAUUAUCCUCAUGGGUGUUUGCCCAAAACCUUUCAAGCAAAUAAUCUUGUUGAGCUUCACAUGUCUAACAGCAGAAUCGAACAACUUUGGGUGGGGGGAAAGGUUCUUAAGAAGCUCAAAUCCAUUACACUCUCCUGCUCAAAGUUGAAGACCCUUGACCUUGGGUUGACUCCGAAUCUUGUGAGGUUAGAUCUUUCAUUUUGUGAUGAUUUGGUAGAAC